AUGACCCAGGCCCAAGACAAACGGGUGGAUCCUCUCAACCUGGGCGGCGGCUGGGCAUCCUCGGCGGGGUUAGGCACCUGGUCUUCCUGCCCCAGAAGGCGCAGAGGCGCCCCGCUUUACAAGCGGUGGUACCGCUACGGCCCCAAGGCUGACUACGAGCCCCCGAGGAAGCAGCCAAGGCAACAGCACGGCCCGGGCUCUUGGGUGCAGCCACCCCGAGGCCCUUCUUGGGGCGUGUACUCAAAUUGGGGGCACUGGAGGGGGCCCUGGCGCCCACCUCCGCUGGGAUUCCGGAAGCCCCCCGACCGGGUGCAACUAAUCCGGGUGUACGGCCUGCACCCCUUCUGCCUGUGUUGCUGCUUCUGCUCGCGCGGGCUCUGGAACCCCGGCUGGGAGAGGCCCCCCGGGUGGAAGAAGCGCUGGGGCCGCAGGGGCCGCGGGCUGCGCCGCCACCCUCGCCGCUCCUUCCCGAGGAGCCCGCCGGUGGACCUGAGCACGCUGCUGCGGCCGGUCAACCUGUACGGCUGGCGGGCGCCGGGCAUGCGCGCCCCACGGAACACCACCCAGUUCAUCAUGAACCAGAUCUACGAGGACAUGCGGCAGCAGGAGAAGCUGGAGCGCCAGCAGCGGGCGCUGCAGGAACAGCAGCCUCAGGGGCGCGGGGUCUCCCCGAGAACCCGCUUUCCCGGAGCCGAGUCUCCCCGUGGCGCCGAGGAGGAUGCGGAGCUGCCGGAAGCUUUGUACAACUUCGUGCAGAAUCCCUCUCUAGUCUUCAGCCCUGACCCCGACGAGGGAAACCCGUCUCCCACGCCACAGCUGGUGGAGGAAGAGGAAGAGGAGAAAAAUGAGGAGGAAGGAGAAGAGGAGGAGGAGGAGGAAGAGGAGGGUGAGGAAGAGUGUGAGGAGGAAGAGGAGGGCGAGGAAGAGUGUGAGGAGGUGGAGGAAGAGGAGGAGGAGUGCGAGGAAGAGUGUGAGGUGGAGGAAUACAGCGGGAAGGAAGAGAGCCAGGAGGAGGAGGAGAUGGAUGAGGAGAUGGACGAGGCUGACUCUGUGGAGGAGGGGGAGGAGGAUGAAGAGAUCGACGACGCGCUGGAGGAAGAAGAGCAAAGAGAAGAAGAAAAUAAUUUACCCCUGGAAAUGCCGUUGUCCUUCCUGAUUGGGGCUGAAGAAGAGCGAGAGAACUUUAUAAACUGUACUUAUUUAAGUCCAGAACAGCUCAUUCCCAAAGUGUCACAGGAAGCUCUCCUCAUGGUACAGGACAUUGACUUAGACGUCAGGAAAGGGACUGAGGAAUGGGAUGGAACUGAUUUGAGGCAAAAAUAG